UUUGAGUUCCAUUUCAAAUUUUGCGAAAACCUCAACGAAGAACGAAAGAGAACCUCUCUCUUUCUUUCUCUCUGUGACUAUGGCUCCUCACUUCUUCUUUCCCCAGACCCUCAGAGCACUAGAAGAAGAGCACGAAGACAACCGCCUCUACGCGCAAAACCCCAUCGACAUCGCUUCGCUUCAUCCCUCUGAACUGGAAGAGUUCGUCAAAGGUGUAUCCUUUGAUCUUUCCGACAAGGAGCUCUUUUGCAUUGAAGAGCAAGAUGUCUUUGACCGUGUCUAUUCCUUGAUUCGUAGUUAUGCUAGUCUCCCUACAUCUUGUAAAUUCAAUCUCGUAGAGAGUCUCCGAUCCAAUUUUAGUGUUCUUCUUCCAAAUGUUGAUUCACUCUCACGGGUUUCUCAAAGUCAGGAUGAUGACACUCCAGUGUUUGAUCGGGUUGCUUCACAUCGUAAUGCUUUUAAAAUUUACACAUUCGUCCUCAUCAACGUUGUUCUUGCUGAGGAGGCCAACACUGGUUCCAACAAUAAUCCGAAGGCAACAGCAGCUACAAGGAAGAAACAGCUAAUAAACUCAUGGAAUUGGGAGCCUCAAAGGAGUCGAAUACUCAAUUUGAUUGCUAAUUCACUAGAGAUCAACCUCCCCUUGCUCUUUGGUUCGUCAGACCUGGAUGAAAAUUAUUUGUCUUUCAUUGUGAAAAAUAUAUUCUCUAUGUUUGAGAAUGCAAUUCUUUUAAAAGAUUCCGACACCAAAGAUGCUCUAUGCCGUAUAAUUGGAGCAUGCACUACAAAAUACCACUACAUGGCACAAUCAUGUGCUUCUAUCAUGCACCUAAUUCACAAAUAUGAUUUUGUUGUUACCCACAUGGCUGGUGCGGUUGCUGGUGCUGAGAAGAAGUAUGCUGAUGGAACCCUGGCCAGCUCCCUUAUCAGGGAGAUUGGGAGGACUAACCCAAGGGACUAUGUGAAGGACACUGUUGGGGCUGAAAAUAUUGGGCGUUUUCUGGUAGAGCUCACUGAGCGGCUGCCAAAGUUGAUUUCAACCAACAUUGGAGUUCUGGUCCCGCACUUCGGUGGGGAAUCUUAUAAGAUAAGGAAUGCUCUUGUAGGGGUUCUUGGGAAGUUGGUUGCAAAUGCAUUUAAGGAUAUUGAGAGUGAAGUAAGUUCUAAAUCUGUUCGUCUCCGAACCAAGCAAGCCAUGUUGGAAAUUUUGCUUGAACGAUGCCGAGAUGUUUCAGCUUAUACUAGGAGUCGAGUUCUGCAGGUUUGGGCUGAACUAUGUGAAGAGCAUUCUGUUUCAAUUGGUUUGUGGAAUGAGGUUUCCGAAGUUGCAGCUGGAAGGUUGGAGGAUAAGAGUGCAAUUGUUAGAAAAUCUGCAUUAAAUUUACUUAUCAUGAUGUUGCAGCAUAAUCCGUUUGGCCCACAACUUCGAAUAGCUUCAUUUGAAGCAACCUUAGAGCAAUAUAAGAAGAAGAUGAAUGAGCUUGAACCAGAUGUGCCUUUAGAAAGUGGUGUGGAUGGUCUACCUUCUGAUAAUGAUACUUCCAAAGAAAAUGGUGAAGUUCAUAAUAUUGAUGCUCAAGUUGCAGCCAAAGAGCAGCAAGAGAGUUUGACAGACAGUUGUUUGGCUCAAGUGGAAGAAGAGAUUUCUCAGAAGGAUAGUUCUGUGCCAGAUAUUGGGAACUUGGAGCAGACCAGGGCAUUGGUCGCAUCUCUUGAGGCAGGCUUGAGGUUUUCUAAGUGCAUCUCUGCCACAAUGCCAACACUUGUUCAAUUGAUGGCUUCUUCUUCUGCCUCUGAUGUAGAGAACACAAUUCUCUUGCUCAUGAGGUGCAAACAGUUCCAAAUUGAUGGUUCAGAAGCCUGCCUCCGCAAGAUGUUGCCAUUGGCAUUUUCUCAGGACAAAUCCAUCUACGAGGCUGUGGAGAACGCCUUUGUUACAAUUUAUAUAAGGAAAAACCCAGUAGAAACAGCAAAAAAUCUCUUGAAUCUUGCCAUAGAUUCAAAUAUAGGAGAUCUAGCAGCUCUGGAGUUUAUUGUUGGGGCCUUGGUGUCCAAAGGUGAUAUAUCUACCAGCACGAUAUCAGCAUUAUGGGAUUUCUUUUGCUUUAGUGUUAGUGGAACCACUGCAGAGUAUAGUCGUGGUGCUUUAUCUGUCCUUUGCAUGGCAGCAAAAUCAUCCACUGGGGUUCUCAGCUCUCACUUACAAGACAUGAUUGAUAUUGGAUUUGGUCGUUGGGCUAAAGUGGAGCCUUUGCUUGCUAGGACUACAUGCAUUGCUAUUCAAAGAUUGUCUGAAGAUGACAAGAAAAAAUUGCUGUCAGUUAAUGGCAGUCGAUUAUUUGGUGUUCUAGAAAGCUUAAUUACUGGCUUUUGGCUUCCAGAAAACAUAUGGUAUGCUGCUGCUGAUGAAGCAAUAGCUGCUGUAUACACAAUGCAUCCUGUUCCAGAAACAUUAGCUGCUGAUCUGGUUAAAAAAUCUCUUAGUUCUGUGUUUAAUUGUAGUGGAGGAGAUGAGUUGAAUAAUGACAUUGAUAGUGGUACUGCCAGCAUACUUACCACAGUUCAACUAGCCAAACUAAGUAGAUAUUUAUUUGUUGUAAGUCAUGUUGCCAUGAACCAAUUGGUGUAUAUCGAAUCAUGUGCUCGAAAGAUCCGGAAACAAAGAGUUACAAAGGCAAAAACAGAUACUGAUCGUCAAAAUGUACAUUGCAAUGGCACAAUACCAGCUGAUACAGUUAAGGACAAUAGUAUCAAUGCCGAACUAGGUCUUGCUGCCUCUGAAGAUGCAUAUCUUGAUACUCUAUCUGACAAAGCAGAAAAAGAAAUUAUUUCUGGUGGUUCCAGUGAGAAGAACUUGAUUGGACACUGUGCACUUUUCUUGUCAAAGCUUUGUAGAAAUUUUCAGCUGAUGCAAAAGUAUCCAGAACUACAAGCUUCCGGAAUGCUUGCUUUAUGUAGAUUUAUGAUCAUUGAUGCAAAUUUUUGUGAUGCGAAUCUCCAGCUUCUCUUCACUGUUGUGGAGAGUUCACCCUCAGAAAUUGUUCGUUCCAAUUGCACUAUUGCUCUUGGUGAUUUGGCAGUUCGGUUUCCCAAUCUGUUAGAACCAUGGACUGAGCACAUGUAUGCCCGGCUAGGGGAUCCUUUGGUUUCUGUUAGGAAGAAUGCUGUUCUGGUGCUUUCACAUCUCAUAUUGAAUGACAUGAUGAAGGUAAAAGGGUAUAUAAAUGAGAUGGCUAUCCGGUUGGAAGAUGAAGAUGAGCGGAUUUCAAAUCUGGCUAAACUUUUUUUUCAUGAAUUAUCUAAGAAAGGAAGCAAUCCAAUAUAUAAUUUACUUCCCGAUAUACUUGGCAAAUUAUCCAACCAGAAUCUGACGAGAGAGUCUUUCUGCAACAUCAUGCAGUACUUAAUUGGUUCCAUCAAGAAGGACAAACAAAUGGAAGCUCUUGUUGAAAAGCUCUGCAAUAGGUUUAGUGGAAUUACAGAUAUCACACAAUGGGAAUAUAUUUCUUACUGCCUCUCUCAGCUGGCAUUCACUGAAAAAGGAAUUAAAAAGCUUAUGGAGUCAUUCAAGACUUAUGAACAUACCCUAUCAGAGGAUUCUGUUAUUGACCAUUUCAAGAAUAUAAUAAACAAGACUAAGAAGUUUGCAAAACCAGAACUUAAAUCGUGCAUUGAGGAGUUUGAGGAUAAACUUAAUAAAUUUCACAUGGAAAAGAAGGAGCAGGAGGUGACUGCAAGAAAUGCCCGAAUUCAUCAACAGAAAGUUUGUACCUUGGAAGGUUUUGCAGUUGCUGGCGGGAACACUGGGGAAGAAAGCGCAGAAUCUGAUACUGCUGAAGAGGGUGAAGUCAUUGAUGCAUCCACUGAAGGAAUGUCUCAGCCUAUAAAUGAUUCAUCAAAACCUAAAUCUGUUGAUUCAGAUGAAUAUUCUGGUGCUUCCAGUGAGUUGACAGAGUCAGAACCAGCUGAAAAUGAAGUUCAAUCACCAGAAGUUAAUAUCAGAGGGGCCUCCAAAUCCAGAGCUACGAAAAGCAGCAUGAAAGAUCAAAAGUGCAAUGUUUCUACAUCCACUAAAAGCAGUACCAGGUCAAGGCGAAGGUAGAAGAAAGGGUACGAAAUUAUUCUGAUCAAUCCUUGUUUUUUCUUCUGGGAAUGGAAGCAAGAAGUUUCGUUGAAGUUGAUUAUAGGAUGUUUUUGUAAUGAUUGAUGUAAAUACUCUAUGCCUUGCGUCAGGUACAGCUGUACUCUGAGAAGGAACAAGAAUUGUUCGAGUGUAUCACGUAAAUAUGUUACAUAAUGAUGAUACCUAUAUUUCCUGUACCUUUCGCAUUAGGUAAUUAUGUCAUAUCCCG